AUGGAGAAUCUUCCCUCUCUUCUGUAAAGCAUAUAUGCCAUAUGGCUGAGCCUCAGCUCCACGAUGGACACAAUGGACAUGAUAUUGGCCAUUGUGUGUGGACUGGGGCUCUACCUUCUGUUACUUCCCUUCAUUGAUAGUCAUCUGUCUCUACCGCUACCCAAUAUAAAGUUCACCAGGAAGCCUCAAAGGCAGAUGACUUGGCAGAGUCGGUACAGGAAAAAGUUUGGGACUCAUUCUAGGAAAGAUCCCAAAGCUUGGAGAGAAAGCCUGGAAAAGCUGAAAGAAAAAGAAAAAGAUGAAUCAUUUCUAGAAGAAAUUAGCCCAGGAUACCAUUUGAAUUAUUUAGGGAACAUGUUUAAGUCACCAAGUACUAAGCAAGACAGAACUAUUAUGCCACCCUUCUGGAACCUGAAAGAAAAAUCAGAACAGCAGAUGACCACUCAGAAACUAUCAUAUCCCACCAUCUUGGGGGACGAUUUUCAAGAGAAAUACAACCAGCUCUUUUGGGGUCUCCCUUCUCUGCACAGUGAAUCUCUAGUGGCCACUGCCUGGAUCCCUCAGGCUUCUUCUACUCUCCCUUCUCCCUUUUUCUUAUUCAAUGUCAUCUCAACUGCUUAUCCAGUUCAAAUGCGGGAUAAAAUGUCUCCAGUGCAUUCCUGUACACGUCCUCUGUCCUACCUGGACCUCCAAUCUCCACCCUUAAUUCUGUCUCCACCCCAAUUCCAGGCCCCAGCUCCGAAUCAAGUCCAUCCUCAAUCCCCUCUCCCAGCCCAACUACCCUCUUCUCUACCCUACACAAGUGAUUAUGGAGAUUAUGGACCAUCUUGUUCUCAGUCACAAAGUCAGUCACAGUGUCUCCCUACUGAAAUACAACACAGAGAAGGGCACUCGCUAACAAAACUAGAAAGUAGGCUGCCUUUACCCUUGAUGGUCCAGAGACCUCAAGAAGUCUAUGAUGUCUUGGCACCCAACCUUUCCCAAGACUGGGCAGUCUCUAUCCUUCCUGACAAUUUUCCUAUCAGCUGUGAGCUCCGAGAGAAACUGGAGCAACACAUUCAAAAGUGGCUCAUUCAACACCGAUGGGACCUUCCUUGUAAGAUCCAAGAGUCUCUGGAAGUGAUGCAGCUUCAGAACACAGUAACAGGACCUUGUCAAACCAGAGACAAACCAGGCCCCUCACGAUCCUCUGUGUCUAUGGGCAACCACAGCAAGGAUGACCACAAGGUGAGAUUCCAAAUAAAAAAGGAAUCUGGAAAAAAUUUGGGACCAAUUCUUGGAAACAUCUCAAAAGAUCCAAACAGGUACUUGGAAAAAGCUCCAGUAACAUUACAAGGGGCAAAUCUUUUGAAAUCAGAAAGAAAUCCAGUGAAGAACUUGAAGAGAGACUCCAAAACUGACUCAACGGAACACAUAAACAAAUUAAAAAGCACCCUGAAAGCUCAUGUGGGCACAAAGUCAGAGCAAAUCAAUCAAGGUCUGAUCCCUCUGAGUGUGCGUCGAUCCUGGCUUGCUCUGAACAAUGGUUUUUCCAUGUCUGAUAUCCAAAUGGAAACUAAGAAAUUAGCAUCCUCUAAGACAUCAGAAAAAUCCGUGAACUCUUCACAGAAGCUUGCCUUUCUUGAUCCAGGCACUCACCAGGCCCUGGAGGAACAUAUUGUUAGGUUUUGGGUGAAGCACAGGUGGGGUCUACCCCUCAAGAUGCUCAAGCCCGUAAAUCUUUUUAAGUUUAAAAAAGUUGAGUCCUUGCCUGUUGCACUGUGUGACUUGCCCUCCUCAACCACCUCUGUAUCUGGGACCAGUUCAGCAGUUGAGGUAGUCAGGUUCCUAGGAAAACCAUGCCAGACAUGUUUGAGAGAGGUGGUAAUUGAGGAUUCUUCUCCAUCACUAGGGAGUCUUCUCCUUGUUGCCUCUCCUUCCUGUAAGGGUAUCAAGAGAACCCUGAGAGCAUUUCCAUCUGGUGCUAACCAUGAGCCUUCACAGGUCCUGCCAACCAAAUCAGAGAGCAAGCAUCAUUCUGAAACUCUCAAACAUAAAGUCAUGGAUACACCAUCUCAGAGUGGGACUGUCUUAGAGAAAGAGAAAGAGACCCAGGUAGUCCUUUUACUGCCUAGAAGGACCAGUAUCCAAAACCCAGGGGCACACAGUCACCAGGCAAAAACAAUUAGCGAGUUUCCGCAAAGUGUGGAGACAGAAUCAGCCAGCCAGCCACAGGUCUAUACCAGUGCUGUGCUCCUUCCUGAACAUUCCAAGAGCACACUGCUUCCUGCAGACACUUUGGCUUCCCUUGGGUUAGGUGACAUUGUGUUGGUAGGAGGGGACAAUAGCCUGGUGCAGCAGAAGACCAGUACUCCAAACCAUCAAGUCUCACCGAAGAGCCAAAUCAAAAUGUUGGCACCUACUUACCAAGGUGAGGAAACUAAAAGACCAAGUAAAGGAAAUCAUGAAGGGCCCAAGCUCACCAGAGUCAAGGAGAAGGAAGAUAAAUUUAUAAGAAAGCAUCAGCCCCUUCCAAAACCCACACAAGUUCCUCCAGAAAGCCCCUUCCAAAAACUUGUGAGUCGCUUUCUUCGGUGGAUUCACCCCAAGAAAGCAAUCAAAGGGCAGGAAUCUCCUCCUAAGAAAGGCAAGCCUACAGCAGCUACUGCCCAGAGUCCACGAAACCAAGUAAAGAAACCACGCGUGGACAGCAAUGUUGCUGAGGCCCAGGAACUUACAACAGCCAUUGGACAGAUGCUAGAAAAAAAAAUGAUACAGCAACGUAAACAAUGUGCUUCCAAGUUAAAACAGCACCGGGAAACGCCUCCACCCCCUGCCCCUCAGUCCUCCUAUGGCCAUAAGCCAACUUCUGGCUCAGAGCAAAGAAGAGCACCCAGCCACCCAGCCAAUUCCUCCUACCAAAGGUAUUCUACAAAGGAGAGGCACAUCAAAAGCCAACCAUCUCAGAAAAAUGUACCAUUUAGAAAUGAACCACAGACCCUUCAGAAUCCCAGCCUCUUGCCCCGUAACACAACUUUGAACCUAGUGAGUUCCUCUCAGAAUGAAACAAUAAUGCCAGCUGUUUCAAGUUACCAUCUCUGCUGUCCUAGGCACUGUGCUGUUCGGAGAAGUAUCUAUAGCCAACUAGAAAAUUCCUCUCUAGUUUUCACUAGUAAAAAAGCAUAA